AUGGCUCCCUCACAUAUUCAGAUCCCCAGCCGGGAGACUGGCCAUCUGUCUGCGACCUUGGCCUCGCCCGGCGCAACGCACAUGGCCACCACCACGCUGCGCGUGAGCGGCAUGACUUGCGGCGCUUGCACCUCGGCUGUUGAAGCUGGCUUCAAGGGCUGUAAAGGCGUCGGCAGCGUCUCCGUCAGCCUCGUCAUGGAGCGCGCCGUCGUCAUGCACAACCCUGCCGAGAUCUCCGCCGAGCAAAUACAGGAGAUCAUCGAGGACCGCGGCUUCGACGCCGAGGUCCUCGCCACGGACCUGCCCAGCCCUGUCGCCUCCCGCCACCCGAGCGUCUCUAUCGAGUCUACCACCGUUUCUACCACCGUCGCCAUCGAAGGCAUGACCUGUGGCGCCUGCACCUCGGCGGUCGAAGGCGGCUUCAAGGACGUCCCUGGCGUCAAGAGCUUCAGCAUCUCCCUGCUUUCCGAACGCGCCGUCAUCGAGCACGACUCCAGCCUCCUCAACGCCGAGCAGAUCGCCGAGAUGAUCGAGGACCGUGGCUUUGGCGCCGAGAUUGUCGACAGCGUGCGCGUAGCGCCGGCCGGCAAGACGGAAGAGGCCGCCAGCAACGUAGCCACCACGACGGUUGCCAUUGAAGGCAUGACCUGUGGCGCAUGCACGUCGGCCGUCGAGGGUGGCUUCAAAGGCGUCGACGGCAUCCUCAAAUUCAACAUUAGUCUGCUCGCGGAGCGAGCCGUCAUCACACACGACGUUACGAAAAUAUCCGCGGACCAAAUAGCAGAAACCAUCGAAGAUAGAGGCUUCGACGCCGCUGUUUUGUCAUCAAAUCUUGACGUGCAAGACGUCGGCGCCGGAACGACGACUGCCCAGUUCAAGAUUUACGGCAAUCCGGAUGCUACUGUGGCCAGAGAACUGGAAGCCAAGCUCCGCGGACUUGCCGGCGUCAAGUCUGCAUCACUGAGCUUGUCGACAGACAGACUGUCCGUGACGCACAACCCGUCCGUCAUUGGGCUACGAGCCAUCGUGGAGGCUGUUGAACAGGAGGGUCUGAAUGCGCUUGUUGCCGACAGCCAAGACAACAAUGCCCAGCUCGAGUCCCUUGCCAAGACGCGCGAGAUUACCGAAUGGAGGACAGCAUUUAGGACAUCCCUCUUCUUCGCCAUUCCCGUCUUCGUCAUUGGCAUGAUCCUACCCAUGGCCCUCCCCAGCCUGGACUUUGGCAAGAUUUCACUGCUUCCUGGUCUUUUCCUCGGUGAUGUCAUCUGCCUCGCCCUCACUCUACCUGUUCAGUUUGGCAUUGGCAAGCGCUUCUACAUUUCUGCGCAUAAGUCAGUCAAGCACGGCUCUCCCACCAUGGACGUAUUGGUCAUUCUCGGCACGUCCUGUGCCUUCUUCUUCAGCGUCUUUUCCAUGCUGGUCUCUAUCCUAAUGCCCCCUCACUCCCGCCCAAGCACCAUCUUUGACACGAGUACCAUGCUCAUCACAUUCAUUACCUUUGGCCGCUACCUAGAGAACAGUGCCAAGGGCCAGACUUCCAAGGCCUUGUCUCGUCUAAUGUCCCUGGCGCCUUCCAUGGCCACCAUCUACGUGGACCCUAUUGCUGCCGAAAAGGCCGCCGAGGCCUGGGCCAAAUCAAGCGACGCCACGACUCCCAGAACGCCGCGCAUGCCUGGCUCCGAGGGCUCUGCGUACGAAGAAAAGUCGAUCCCGACCGAGCUGCUGCAGCUCGGCGACAUUGUCAUCACCAGACCCGGCGACAAGAUCCCCGCUGAUGGCACCGUCGUUCGCGGCGAGACCUACAUCGAUGAGAGCAUGGUGACGGGCGAGGCCAUGCCCGUCCAGAAGCGUCUCGGCGACCACGUCAUUGGUGGUACCGUGAACGGCAACGGCCGCGUCGACUUUCGCGUCACGCGCGCCGGCCGCGACACGCAGCUCAGCCAGAUUGUGCGGCUCGUGCAGGACGCGCAAACGGCCCGCGCGCCAAUCCAGCAGAUUGCUGACACGCUGGCAGGCUACUUUGUGCCGACCAUUCUCGUGCUUGGCCUGGGCACGUUCCUGACCUGGAUGGUGCUGUCGCACGUGCUGUCGAACCCGCCCGACAUCUUCUUGCAGAACGCGAGCGGCGGCAAGAUCAUGGUGUGCGUCAAGCUGUGCAUCUCGGUCAUCGUGUUUGCGUGCCCAUGCGCGCUGGGUCUGGCGACGCCUACAGCCGUCAUGGUCGGCACAGGUGUCGGUGCUGAGAACGGCAUUCUUAUCAAGGGCGGCGCUGCGCUUGAGCGUACCACACAGGUCACAAAGGUCGUCUUUGACAAGACGGGUACCAUCACGCACGGCAAGAUGAGCGUCGCGCGGAUGACGCUCGCACCGGCGUGGAGUGCCAACGAUGCCCGCCGACGGCUCUGGUGGGCCGUCGUCGGGCUUGCGGAGAUGGGCAGUGAGCACCCCGUCGGCAAGGCCAUUGUUGGCGCCGCCAAGGACGAGCUCGGCCUCGGCCCCGAGGCCGCCAUCGCCGGUAGCGUCGGCGAGUUCAAGGUCAGCGUCGGCAAAGGCGUCAUGGCGCAGGUCGAGCCGGCCCUGUCCGCGGAUCGCACUCGCCACCGCGUGCUCGCCGGUAACCUCAAGCACCUCAACGCCAACGGCGUCGCCGUACCCGAGGACGCCAUCGAGGCGGCCGAGCAACUAAACGUCCACGCCGCUCAGUCCAAGCCCACCGCCGGAGGAAAGUCAAGGAGCCGCACUUCCGCGGCCGCGGCCGCCGGCACCACCAACAUCUUCGUCGCCGUCGACGGGGAGUACGCCGGCCACUUGUGCCUCUCCGACACCAUCAAGGACGGCGCGGCGGCCGCCAUCGCCGUGCUGCAUCGGAUGAAGAUCAAGACGGCCAUGGUGACCGGCGACCAGCGCUCGACCGCGCUCGCCGUCGCCGCUGCCGUCGGCAUCCCCGCCGCGGACGUCUACGCCGGCACCUCGCCGGACCAGAAGCAAGCGCUCAUCCGGCAGAUGCAGACCGCGGACGGGGACGUGGUCGCCAUGGUCGGCGACGGCAUCAACGACUCGCCCGCGUUGGCCACCGCCGACGUCGGCGUCGCCAUGUCCUCGGGCACCGACGUCGCCAUGGAGGCCGCCGACGUGGUGCUCAUGCGGCCUGGCGACCUCAUGUCCGUGCCGUCCGCGCUCGCGCUCACCCGCAGCAUCGUCCGCCGCAUCCGCAUGAACCUCGCCUGGGCCUGCCUCUACAACGUCGUCGGCCUGCCCAUCGCCAUGGGCGUCUUCCUUCCCCUCGGCGUCCACAUGCAUCCCAUGAUGGCCGGCCUCGCCAUGGCCUGCUCCUCCGUCUCCGUCGUCGUCUCCAGCCUGCUGCUGCGCCUCUGGCGUCGCCCGCGCUGGAUGGACGAGCAGGAGGCGGGUGGUAGCCUGCGCUGGCGCGCGGGAAGCGGCGUGCUCGGCUGGUUGCGCGAGAAGCUGGCGAGGCGCGGACGGGGUGGCGGCAAGGGCGAUGACGGGUACGUGCCCCUGCGGGACAUGGAUGCGUGA